CUAGCCCAAAUGCAGCAACAAUGGAUUUGAAAAAAAUACUAAAACCACGCAUGGAUGACUAUGAAUAUGAACGAAAAGCGCGAAGAGAACGUGAAAAAUCGGAAAGGCAGCAAGGUCAGGCAUCAUCGUCAUCAAAUCGCGAGGAAGCCCUAUUUUCUGAACCCCGACGAUUAAAUCCAUCCGAAGCCGAUGAUGCCAUUGCUGCCAAACUGGGUGACUACUCGAAAGUCAAAGAUUUCAUUAAUCUUUAUACGGUGGGCAUUUCCAAUUCGGGACAUCGGCAAAUGCCUCCGAAUGCCGUAUUGCCCGGUAUUGUGCCCACAAGUCCAGCCUCAUCGUCGCUAAUAACGCCAAUGCCUUCGUCCUCCUCAUCCUCGUCGUCAUCAUCACGUCUGCCGCCACCGCCUCUACCACAAUCACAACAACCACCGCCGUCACAUCACUAUCAACAGCAAUUAAGACAAGCGCCUUAUGUCAAACAGGCCGAUAAUAAACCACCUUAUAAUGGUCGCGUUUGCUAUCCAGGUCAAUCGGUGAAUCGUUCAAGUAGUAGUGGUGGUGGUGGUAUGGCACCACCCAAAGGUCCACCAGGUUCUCUGUUGCCACCUUCCUCGACACAUAUGCCAAAUGGACGUCAAACGUCAUCAUCAUCAGCAAGUGAAAAAUCAUAUCUGGGACCGCCACCAGCGGCAUCGUCAUCAACGACGCACAAUGGCCGUUUCUCGCAACCAUCAAUACCAAAACAACGCAAAAAACCAGCAUUUAAUCCCGAGGAAAAUGAUAUCAAAGAAAUUCUUAAUCAAGUAACAACCGCAUUUUGUGCUCCAAAAAUGCUAACUGGCAUUGAUGCCACACCGCACACAACAAUAACGGAAAACUAUAAUCUCAAUGAGCCGAAUAAGCACAAAUAUAGCUUUGAUAUAUCGGAAAAAGUCAGUAGUAUAAUUGAGCCAUUGGAUUCGCCGACACAUAACGAUAUGCCAGCACCCAAAUAUGUGCCUCCCCUAUCAACAACAGCAGCAACAUCAGCAACACAGAUGCCUUCUACACAAUCUGCCUCUAAUAAUUUAUCAUUGUCAUCCUCCUCCUCCUCGUAUUCUUCCGUCGCACCAUCCAGCACCUAUAUAGCACCACUACCGCCUGCCGCCGUUAAUGCCUCUUCAGCCUCUGCCAUUAGUAAUAUGACAUCUACCUCCUCCUUGUCGUCGUCCUCUGGGCAGUCCUUGUCUUCAUCAUCGUACUCUUCAAUACAUAACGCUGCCAUAACAUCAUCACCUACAGUGCCACUAUCACCUUUAAUGGGUCGACCUAAAGAUACUGGUUUCCUAAAACCUUUCAAGUCUGAGAAGCCAACACCCCCACCUAUAGAAAGUCGCAAUAAUACACUGGAAAAUGAUUUGGAACUUUCCGAAUCGGAUGAUGAUCGUGUCAAAGCAGCCUCCUCCCAUUCAGCGGUAAAUUCAAGUGAUAGUUCUCCAUCGGAUUCCAGUGAAUCGGGCAGUGAAUCAUCGAAAAGUGAAACAAAUCAGAGCAUUAUACCCGCAGCAGCAGCAUCUCAACACCAUUUGCAACAGCAUCAACAUCAACAAAUGGCAAGUACAUUGGGAUCGAAAAAGAAAAUCGGUGCGUGUUCGUCGAUAGUCAAUAGCGGCGGUAGUAGUUCCUCGGGAUUGGGUUCAUCGGCGCCGCCUUCUGGCGGUUCAUCUUCAUCAUCGUCGAAUAAAACGCCCUCACCAUCGAAUACUACCAAAUGGCAGCUAAGUCGUUACUUUAAUAAGGCGCCCCAGCAUCAAACGCCCACCCAAGAUAUAGUAUCUCCAUCAGCGGGGUCAGUAGCAAAUUCGGUCAAUCCCAUGAAUGUGGCCAACAUCAUUACACUAAAGGGUGGUGCUCAAAUAAUACCCGAACCUCCACAACAGUUAACAAACAUCAAGAACGAGUCUAUGCUCGAUGAUAACGACGAGGAUGAAGACGAUGAUGGCGACGAAGAAGCCAACAACUUAAGUAAAGACAUUGUCCGAUCCUCAAGAAGAUCAAGAGGCAAAAAGGAUGGUGGUGCUGGUGGCAAAAAUGAUACAUUCCCGCAUGCGGGUUUGGCUGCAGCUUCCGCAGCUUUUCCUACAAGAAAACCACCAUCAAGUCUUUCGGUCACGCCACUGUCUCCCAUCUUGACUGACAUUAAAAAAGAGGCAUCUACGCCACAUCCCAGUUUGGUAUUGGGCGGUAAUUCCAAUCAACAACAGGUCUCAGAUUUCUUGAGUAUGAAUUCGAAUCAAAUUAAACAUGAAACGAUGGUGAUAGCAGGCGGUCAUACUACGGUGACGGCAUAUGACGUCGUGGAGGGCUUUAGUAACCUAUCAUCCGACAGCAACUCAAGUGAUGAGGGUACAAGGGAACGUUUGCCGGUGCGCGGGCCAGGCGGUACACUACAAAUACCUGGAGUUCCGGCCGCCAUCACAGCAUUGCCACGCUCGCCUCCAAUAAUGCAAAAGGCUCCCAUACCAAAUACGGUAACAAUGAUACCAUUGGGUCCACUGUCUUCUGGAAGCAAUGGUAGAGGAGGGGCUGCGUCUAUAGCACCCAUACCACCUACGCCGACAAGAGCGAAAAAACCUCGCAAAAAACUGAAACAACAACAAAGUGCUUUAUUGGCUCCCGAUACCAGCGACGAAGAAUCCGACAAUGCCAACAAACAACGUUUGACAUCGCCGGCUAGUGGAACGGUACCCAAAACCAUGACAACCCCUGGCGGAACAAAGAAGGGUAGAGGGAGACCGCGUAAAACGGCGGCGGCCACUACACCGAGCAGUGGCGGCAGUUCGAGUGGAAUUGCAGCCGCAGUUCCUGCUGUUGCGGCAGCCAAUACCGCCAAGGGACCAACAUUAACCGCCAAAAAAGAUAUCAACAAGAAGCCACCAAGUACGCCUGCAACAACGCCCUCCAGCAAAGAUUCGGCCUCAGCAACAGCCCGAAGAAGAAUGUCAAGGCUAAGUUCCACAAAUUCCUUAGGCUUGCAAGAAAACAUGGCAGUGCCUCCAACUACAACAACGCCAAUUAAACAGCUACCCACAGCAUCUUUAGUUGCUGCAGUUAAGGCCACACCGCCACCACCGGCACUUGUAACGCCACAGUUAAACGAGACUGCAUUAAAGACUUCCACUAGUGACGACUCCAGUUCAUCUUCGGAUUCAUCGUCAUUCUCCAACUCAAAAUCUUCGUGUUCUUCAUCCGAUUCUGAAAUAGAUGAAACGAGUAAAAAGCCAUCUGCCUCUUCGUCAUCAGAUGAUGAUGACGAUGAAGAUGGGAAUACGGCCACAAAGACUUUCCCGCCUAAGACCGAUGAUUUAACAUCCAACAAGGCUGUCGCGUCGGUUACUGCUCCUAAACGAAUUGUAAAGAAACUGAAUACACGCAAAUCAUCCCUGGAAGAUUUAUCCACGGCAUCCUCAAUGAAAGUCAACAAUGUGUGCUUAUCAUCGCAAUCCUCAUCAUCGUCAGAAUCGUCGGCCGAAGAUUUUCUACCAUCGAGUAAUUUUGCAUCUAGCCAACAAACGGCAGCAGCAUCUCAGCAGUCUAUGGGUGCAGCAGCCAUUGGCAGUAAUGGUGCAGCCGGUGGUGGCACGACAAGUGGGGGCUCUUCGCAACGUUCAGUUAACCAACAAUCACCUUAUAAAGUUUCAAGUGCAUUGUCCAGCCGCAGUCGUAAACAAACACCAUGUUCUAGUGCCUUUUCUUCUGAAUCCAGUGCAGAAGAUAAUUCCGACUCGGAUUCAGGAGAGGCUAGUAAAGAAAAGAAACUCAAACGUGAUAAACCCAAAAGUGAUAAAAAUAAGAUCAACACCCUAACUCGCAUCUUUAAAACUUCCAAUGAAGGAGGUGCCAAGAAGCAAGGACAAGUUCUUAUUGUAGACCAAUCCGAGGAACAACAACAGCAGCAACAACAGCAAACGCAGAAACACAUUUCACCUGCCUUAAGAGGCUCACAAGAAAAUCUAGCGGUAGCAGCAAGCCCACACCCACCCACAGCACAAUCUCCACGUCUGACGCCGGGCGGCCAAUUGAGAUCGCCCAGAUCUUUGCCAUUGCCACCAUUGGCAACUCAGGUUUUGACCGCUGGCUGUUUGGGGGGUGUGGCAUCACAUCGAACGCCCGAUCGUGUUCCCUUCGAUCGUGUCACCACAAGUGCUGAACGGAAAUUACAACAGCGUAUCAAGACACCUACGCGAACCCCAACCCGAACUCCGCCCACCACACGGACGCCUACACCUACACCACCCAUAGGAGCACCGGUCGUUGUCAAUUCAUUAUCUGGUGCAACGCCAUCGGUCUCACCAGCAGCUGCGACGGCGGCGGUUACAACAGGGACCAUCGUUCCGCCAACGUCGUCAUUAUCAUCAUCAUCACGUUUGCCAACAUCGCUUAUAUGCAAAAUUGAUCUCUCUCGUUUGUUACCAAUACCCGCGGAAUGGCACGCAAACACUUAUCGUUUAUAUGGUCGUGAUGCGACGACAUCAAAUAGCCAACCUUAUUUAACACCUGCUAGCGCUGGACGCACUCCCAUUUAUGAUCACGAGACAAUACUCAAUGCUGACAUGCAUUUGUGUAACACACAAAUGCGUUUGAAGUCCGGUGGUGGUAGCGGUAGUGUUACGCCUCGCAGUACGGGCAAUCGUACACCGUUGCAAGUCGGCGGUGGCGGCUCUCUAACAUCCGAAAGGGAACUUUCCCAUUCGCGAGAGAGCCUGCAUGAUAUUGCCAAAGAUAUAAGCGUUAUGAAUCCCGGCCGUUUGAGUAGUCGUUCGACCGAUGGUAGUAUAUGCGGAGGUGGUUCAACUCCCAAAGACCUUGGUGCCCAUUUGCUACCUCCUGGUCCACCAAAUGGUUAUAGUUCAGUGACUGCAAUGUCUAGGGGCUAUGCUUCGCCGAGUAACUGUGCAGGAAAAUUGGGUCCUAUUGUUAAGCACGAACAAAUCAUAAAACAUGAACCCGAUUCCAUGGAUUAUACCGAGACCAAAUUCAAAACGGACGGUGGCAAUGCUGCAUCGGCGACAGAUCCGGCUGUGAUCAAGCAAGAACUUUUAAUGCUCAAACAGGAUUUCAAACCCAGUGAUUUAGACAAAAUGUCGGAUAAAUCGUCAAACCUAUGUUCACCAAAUACUGAGGCAAUGCUAAUUGAUGCCAAACCACGACGUAAACGUAGUUCAAGUUCCAGCUCAAGUCCUUACAAGGAGAAGAAACGGAAAAGGGAAAAGGAGCGGGAAAGGGAUAAGGACAAAGAUAAGGAAAAGGAAAAAGACAAGGAUACUAAUAUUACUGCGUCGGUCGCAACAAUGCUUGGUGGAGGUGGUGUUGGUGGCGGUGCUGCUGUUAGUGUAAACGAAAAAGAUAAGAAGUUAAUGACAAAUUAUGAUGGAGGCUGCGAGGCGUCGGAAAAAGCUAAAGAUGUGAUGAUAGAUUCCUUGAAACCUGCAACAAAAGAUUCUCUGGAUGUCGAGCGUAGUGAAAAUAAUACGCAAAUUCAGAAGAAUGGUCAACAAUUUCCUCCCACAAAUCAUGAACGGUUAGAUGCGGUGAAACAAACCCAACAACAAAAUCCGGAAGAGCAAACCGAUAAUAAUACGUAUGGCAACAAUAACAUUGAUAAGAGCAGUAGUAAUCACAUCGAGACCAGUAACAAUGGUGUUACUACAACCACUGCCAGUCCCGCGCAUUUACAAAAUAGUAGUAAUUCAACAACAACAAUUAAUACGGCAGCGGCAUCAUCUGCCUCAGCAAAUAUGCCACCGCCAGCCAAUGUUGGAUUACAUACGGCCGCAGGUGCAGAGUCAUCAUCAGGAAAUGCUAAUGCAACAGCAGUGGCGAAGCCGGCAAUAAGUAACACCACCAACUCGACGAAUGACUCGACAACUGCUACAUCGACAACAACGUCAUCGGCGGCAGCAACAGUUAAUAGCAACAGUAGUGGUGGCGGUGGUGGUACUACGCCAGCACCUCAAGUCAUAUACCGUUCUUACUUUGAACGGGAUGAAGAAGCUCUUAGCGAUGAAUUCAGGUUUGAUUGUACAUUCCUACAAGAGGCUGUGCAAAAGAAACAUGCUGCCGAUCGUGAACAAAACACCUUCAAUCAGGUGGCAUUAUAUUUGGAGGCAGUUGUCUAUUUUCUGUUAUCGGGAGCUGCCAUGGAACAACAUAGUCGUUCCGAAGAUCCAGCUUAUACUAUGUACAGGGACACAUUGUCAUUGAUUAAAUAUAUUUCCUCAAAAUUUCGCCAAAUUUCAACCAAUCAAACUGGUACCCUUAAUAAAUAUGCAAUAUUGAGUCUCCGCUGCCAAUCACUGAUAUCUCUCAAGUUAUAUAAACUGAAAAGAGGUUUUUGUCGCCAAGUCAAUACAAUGUGUACGGAGUUCUUUAAAUCCGGUAAAGGUGAUAUCAUCAAUGGUAAUACUCCAUCAUCAAUAUCUCCGUCGAAUUCGGUAGGUUCACAGGGUUCUGGUUCAAAUACACCGCCCGGAAAAAUAGUGCCUCAAGAUAUACACUCAGCUCUACAACAGCAAAAUCAAUUUUUCAAUUUCUUAGCCAGUAGUCACGAAUUAUGGGAUCAAGCCGAUCGUUUAGUGAGACAAUGCAAUCUUACCGAUUUCUUUAUUGCUUUGGAUCACGAAAAUGGUCCAUUAACGUUACACAGUAAUGUCUAUGAAGUUUUUCGUUAUGUACAAGCUGGUUUAAAGAAACUCAAAGAUGAAAUGCUUAUACAAUAAUAACGACGACAAAAACAAAAAC